GGAAGACGCUGCACGUCCCCAGACUCCAGCCCCUCCCAGAAUGCGGGCGGCACUGGGACAGUUGCACGCGGACAAGAGGGCGGAUGGGACUUUCAAGAUACAACAGUGGGACUUGGGCAGACACGAUUUCCUUGAAUCUGCUCCUGGUUUGGGAAUGUUUGUGACUGUUACAACUUACAAUGAUGAGGUAUUACUGUCAAGGUUAUAUGGCCCACAAGGAACAUUCUAUUUCACUUCACAUUCACCUGGCGAACACAUCAUUUGCUUAGAAUCUAAUUCUACAAGGCUUGUGUCAUUUGGAGGGAGUAAGCUGCGGAUCCACUUAGAUAUUCGAGUUGGAGAACAUGACCUUGAUGCAGCCAUUGCUCAAGCAAAGGACAAAGUUAAUGAAGUUAGCUUCAAGCUUGAACAUCUAAUUGAGCAAAUGGAGCAAAUAGUCAAAGUACAAAACUAUCAAAGGGACCGUGAAGAAGAAUUUCGAAUGACCAGUGAAGAUACAAACAGCAACGUUUUAUGGUGGGCCUUUGCACAAACACUAAUCUUUAUCUCAGUUGGAAUUUUCCAAAUAAAGUCUCCUAAUGCCCCGGCCCCAGAGCUUCCCAUCCCCUACCUCCGACUGCCCAGACCCCCUUGCUGUUCCUCUGGUCCCUCCUGUCUCCCGGCCCUCAUCCUCCGGGGCCCAAAGGACCCUCCGCCUCCCACUUCCAGCGCGGCCUCACCUGACCCUGUCGGCCCGCCGUCGGUCCGGGAGGCGCAGCGGCCUCCCACCGCUCUGCGCCUGCGCCGGCGUCCCGGCGCACCCACCUCGGCGCCGCCCGGGGGUCCACGCGUGGAGUCGCAGCCCUCGGGCCACGCCCAGAUCCCGCGUCCAGGUCUCGCGUGGGUCUCAGGAGGGCUUCGGGUGGGCUUGGGCCUUGCGGCAGCGGCGGCAGCAGAAGGCGCUGCGUAG